AUGGCGAGCGCCCCUGCUGACCAGGUGCAGUCGCUGGGGCAGGUUGCGCACGACGCCCGAGGAGACGGCAAGCUCACCUUUGAGGAGGCGUCGUUGAUGGUCAGCGGUAGCAUGUUAGACUACCACCCCUCGAAGUGCGUCAAGAAAGACAGGUUGGCUGUCGCUGGUGACCUUUCUAUCUUCGACCUUCCUCUGCUACCGAUCGCGAAUUCGAGUGCCACGAAGUUGGUCACUGUCGCCGACGUGGCAUCCAACUACGAGGGCCCGAUUGACUUUGACAAGGUGCACGAGUUGUGCGCACAGGGUAAGCUCAAGGACUUGCAGGAGCCGCUGUCGCUCAAGCAGGAGCCCGUCGUCCCGCACACGAUGCAGGUCUUCAUUGUUCGCCAGAAGCCAGAGGACAGCGAGUGUUCGGCAUACCGCAUCCGCAAGGCCCACAAAAUCGACUACGGCAAAAACUUUCGGACGGGGUCGAUUGCGUUCCAGUUCAUGCUGGAGAAGCUCGAGGGCUAUCAAAUGCGGUACUUCACGAUCAAGCCGCAGCGCGAGCGGAAGCAGCCGCUAAGAGAGGACGAGCGCGCGCAGGGUUACACGUUCAUCCGCGAACACGGCCCCCGCAGCAAUAACAGGAACCAGUUCAUGGAAUGGGCUGACACAGAGGUCAACAGGGAGGGUUCGAAGAUAUUCGGAUGGCCUGCGUCCAAGGUGGAGACUGCGCUGCACAACUACCAGAAGGGCAGGACGAAUGCCAAACCGAUCUCGCGCUGGAGUUUGACGCUGAAGGACUUCUCUGGCUGGUUCCUCAAUGGCGCCCUCCGCCUGAUGAUUGGCACGCCCCACAUGCACGGGGCGCUGUGGGUCGGGAAGUCCAGAGUUGGCAAGAGCAACGGUUCGAAGACGCCUGCUUGUGUUCAUUCGGCGUACAGCAUACAGAAGAAGGGCGCCGCCGAUGAGAUCGCUUUCCUGACGGCGAAGCACAUGGACUUCUUCAAGGGCGAGCCGACGACGGAGAUUCUCCCUGGCAUGUUCGACGACGGCCUGCUUCAGAAGGUAUCCGCUGAUGUGCUCAAGGCUUUCUUGAACCCCAAGGAAGAGGACGCUCUGCUGUGGGCUCGGUGGGGCGGCUGCGCUUUCGAGCAAGGGUCGCGCAGACAGGCCGUCGCGAACCCCUACGACCGCGACGCGGAGAAGGCGGCGCUGGAUGCCGCGACGCUAAACAAGCACGGCCUCGACCUGCUCAAGCGUAUCAUCGCGCCGUCUCUGGAAGAUGUCAGGACAGGGGAGGACUUCAACGCCACCCUCGCCAGGGCGCACGUCAUCGCGGUGACGGACCUCGGCGUGCAUUGGCACGUGGCAUCCGCCAACCUGCAGGACGGUGCAGAGUUCAUGCCGUGGCCCAACCCCAGGAGCCCCGACCUCUUCGUCAGCGAAGUGAGGGACACGACGUCGCCAGCCAUCCGCCCGCUCCCCUCAGACUACGCCGAAAAGAUGGCUUGGUCGAUUGGGUACAUGAGCAAUGUGGCCGCGGGCCUUGACGUGCCCACGAUUGCGACUGCCCAUGUUGCUCCUAUCUUCGGCGAUGGCCCUGCGCGCGUUGUCUCCGCUGUCGGCAACGCUUCAGGGUUCGAUCCAGGCGCGGCCAGCGCUCCGCCAGCCGCCGCGGCCGCUUCGGCGUUUUCCCAGCCGCCAACCGAGUUGUCCCAGGAGGAGGACGCGUUCGGCUUCGGCGGCGGAAUGGACGAACCGCCAGAAGACAGCUCGCGCGCCGCCAGCUCCGCGCAGCCCAACAUCGCCGGGCGUUGCGGCGAGCUCAAGGAGGACCAGGACGAGCAGCUCGCGAUUUUCAAGAGCCUCGCCAAGGCGCACCACGGCGCGUUCGAAGACUUGUCCUCGCCUCCGCCAGUGAAGAGGGCGAGGGGGCUCAUGAUGGGCUGCGGUGGUCCGUUGACACCCGUGGAUGCCGAUGAGCAGAGGGCGAUCUUCGCUUCCAUUGCCGCCUCGGCCCACGGUGAAACGAUCGACGUCGAGGAUGACGACGGUCUGUCGGCAGAGCUCGCGCGCGUGCUUGACGAGGGGGGGCCGCCCUAUGAGUCGGCGACGGCGCGCCGCAGCGAGGCUGACUGA